AUGAAGUUGGAGUUGACCGGGGGCACUUGGCAGGACAAGGCCGUUGACGCUUGCUCGGCCAGGGCCUCGGAGAGUGGAGCCAUGGCUGAGCUCUCCACCUUCUCCCCAUCGCCACCUGCUUUGGGUGAUCCUCAUGCAACUCCAUCCAUUGCUCCAUCUCCACCAGUACUCCCUGCUUCCAACAACCCUGCCCCCGAGUCUGUCAAGGAGGUGCCCUUACCCAAGUCUUCCCUUUACAAUGAUAAAGCUCUGACAGGAAGCGAUCCAUCAGCACUCUCAGGGAGUUCACCUUUGACUCCCCACCCACCUACAAAUCCCACACAGCUCCCUGCUGAGACCUGCCUCCCACCCUUGGUACACGAGGCUCCUCCACAAAGAGGAGAAUUGGUAGAGAACUAUACAGAAACGGCAGCUUAUGUUAAUAAAGUUGAAACGGAGGCUGGCAACUCAGCUGCUGCUGAGCUCCUGAUAACUGAAACUGAGACUUUAGAGCCGGCCAGUGAGACUUCAUCUCAGAGACAUGUGCUCCAGGCAUCACCCUCUCCUGAAGUGCAUCCCGGUCCCAAUCUGUACCCUGAUGUUCAUGUCACCUGUAACCCAGACCUCUCUGUGGAUGAUGGUCAUCUUAAAGCGGCUCAGCCCCAAAAGAGUUCAGAUGCUGAUACUCCGCCCGCUCCGUUGGCAGCUUCAGGAACUGACGGGGAGAAACCUCAGCCACUCCAACAAGCACAAAACGCUCAAAGCGACCCUCCUCCUCUGUCGCCAAUGCACCACACCCCCAAUGAAGUCAGGAAGGGAGAGCUGCCCUCCUCCCCCACCAGGGUUGGACACCCCAGCCCUACGGUUCCACUGAUCCACGAACCUGUCCCCCCGCUUCCAAACCCCAACCCGCGGCCGGCCCCGGACAGCCUCAGCUACCUAGAGUCAGCCAGCCUGAUGUCAGGGACGCUGGAGUCUUUGUCUGGAUUGGGAGAAGAUGGGAGCUCUCUGGGUUCAGACUCGGAGAUCAACGGCCUGACUGUCAGACGCACGGAUAAAUAUGGCUUCCUGGGUGGAAACCAGUACAGCGAAUCAGCUGAAAAGGAACUUCGAGUGGAAGUUGCCCGGCAGAGGGAGAUGAAAUGGCUGGACAUGUUCUGUCACUGGGAUAAGUGGGUCAAACAUCGUUUCCAGAAGGUGAAGCUGCGCUGCAGGAAGGGGAUCCCCUCCUCUCUCAGGGCCAAAGCCUGGCAGCUGCUGUCCAACAGCGAGGAGCUCCUGAGGGCCAACCCCCAGAAAUUUGAGGAGCUGGAAAGAGAGCCGGGCGAGGCCAAAUGGCUGGACAUCAUAGAGAAGGAUCUGCACCGGCAGUUUCCCUUUCACGAGAUGUUUGCUGCUCGUGGUGGCCACGGACAACAGGACUUGUACCGGAUCCUGAAGGCCUACACUAUCUACCGGCCAGACGAGGGCUACUGCCAGGCCCAGGCCCCGGUGGCUGCCGUGCUGCUAAUGCAUAUGCCUGCAGAGCAAGCGUUUUGGUGCCUCGUGCAGAUAUGCGAGAAGUAUCUUCCGGGCUACUACAGUGCGGGGCUGGAGGCCAUUCAGCUGGAUGGCGAGAUCUUCUUCUCCCUGUUGCGGCGGACGUGUCCGAUGGCGUACCGCCAUCUGAAGAAGUUCAAGAUCGAUCCGAUCCUCUACAUGACGGAGUGGUUCAUGUGCAUCUUCUCGCGCACGCUGCCGUGGUCCUCCGUGCUGCGCGUGUGGGACAUGUUCUUCUGCGAAGGUGUGAAGAUAGUGUUUCGCGUGGGCCUGGUGUUGCUGAAGCAGAUGCUGGGCUCCGUGGAGAAGCUGCGGGAGCUCCAGGGCAUGUACGAGACCAUGGAGCGCCUCCGAAACAUCUCCCCCGACACCAUCCGGGAGGACGUGCUGGUGCAGGAGCCCGCCGCGCCUCACUUCCCGUCUGCCUGGUUGCAGGUCAUCACGCUGCCCGUGACCGAGGCGCUCAUCGAGCGGGAGUGCAGCGUCCAGGUGCGGAAGUGGAGGGAGUCCCGGGGGGAGCUGACGCACCAGCCGGGCCGCCGACUCCACGGCACCAGAGCCAUCUACGAGUUCAAGCGGCGGGCUGCGGCCAUCAGCUCUGGGGGCAGCUUCUCCUUCCUCGGGAGUCCAGUCCCCCCGCCGGGACCCCUCAGGGCCUCCUCCAGCCUCCUCUCCCUCCCCGGCUUCCGAAAGUCCCGGGCCCCUUUCCACUCCCAGGCCAAGACGGGCUCCUUCUCAGGGCCGUCGGGAAUGGAGGCCAUGCCCGCCCGCUCCUCCUCUGCGCUGACGUCCAGCCCCAGCCGGGGCCCCGGACAGAAGCCCCCCAUCCCCCCGGGAGCCGGUCAGAAGCCGCCGGCGCCCCAUGUCAAGAGUCCGUUAGCCGGGGCUGAACCGGCCUCUUCCCACGGACCGGCCCAAGCUGCAGAGGGCCCGUCAGCACAUCUCCAACCGGCUGCUUCUGCCCCUCCUGCCCCCAUUCAGAGCACAACCCCACCCAACACUCUGUCCCCCUCCCCCGUGAUCGUCUCCGAGCGCAUCAGUCAAAGUCUGCCCUCUCCCACCGCUAACAACGCCCCUCUGCAGCCGAGCGCGGAGCCUCAGAAAGAAGCAGCGCCCUCAACCGACGCCACGGCGGGAGAGGAGGAGGGAAAGAAGAAGAAGAAGAGCAAAGAGGACAAGAGGAAGGAAAAAGAGGACGAGAAGAAAAAACUGAAGGAAAAGAAGGAAAAGGAAAAGGCUGAAAAGGAGAGGCUCAAGAAGGAAAAGGAGAGGCUAGAAAGAGAGAAGAAGAAAGGGGGGAAGAAAAAGGACAAAGGCGGAGGAGAGGCGGAGGACAAAAACGGAGCGACGGCAGCGAAAGAUUCGGCCUAA